CUACUGAGAAGCAGCAGAACUUCUGUCAGGAGAACUCAAACUACACCUAAAGUCUGACUUCACUGGGGCAUCUCCGUCUUUUUAAAGUUCUCAUAUCCACUCAAGUCUGCUUCCCAUUUUAACGAUGAGGGACGGACUAGAAAUCUGACUGAAGUGUUUUUUUUCUUUGCGGAGUUUAACUCAAUCCAGAUGGUCUGCCUGUCCCUGGUUAGGUUUUCAGGCGCGAGGAGACAGUUUUGUUAGGUUUCAAUACUUUUUCGUCGGUUUUAUUGGAUAUUUCCUAGAAAAUAACGGAUUGUCGGACGUUCCCUGAGUUUUGCAUCAAAUUCUUUUUUUUGCACAGACUUUAAUCGAGGGAAACUUGGAAGAAAAAAAAGGACGCUCCGCAGGAAUGAGCUGCAGAGGUGUAAACGUGUAGCAAAAAGAUUUUAGGAUGUAACCCGUAUCGCCUGUCCCUGAGAACUUUACGCAUGUUUGGGCGCUAAAUUACACUUAUAACUUGUUGUGACCGCGGACAGGUCACGGUGAGAAUGGGAUGAAACAGAAGGAUGUGAACUUAAGACCUCUCCUAUGCGGUGCCUCCUGGCUUUGGUCUGCGGGCUGCUGUGGAGGGACUGUGGGAUGCUCCUGCGCCGCCGCUUAUACCCCGGCCCACUGCUGCUGCUGCUCGGAGUGGCCCUCUGUCUUUUCUACCAGACCCUCAAUGUAGCGCUGAACCGACUCCAGGUCCACCAACAGCCCAGCCCACGUGUCCACGGCUCCCGGCUCUCAGAUGAAGUGGAUUUGGAGGAAAGUCAGCGCUUCAUCUCCGCUCUGGAAGCUGUCCGGGCCCAGGUCCAGCAAGUAUCAGACCGGGGGGCCCAGCUCCAGAGGGUUUUGGUACUGACGGGUCGACAUGUCAUCACAGAUACGGAGGUCCAGCUGUAUAUGCGAGUGCUUCAGCAGAUGGGGUAUGAUGUCCAGCUCUCCAGAUAUGCUGAGACCAGUAGCCUACUCAGACCAAAACAAGGUAUGACUGGGGUGAGCCUGCUGCUCUGCCUCAGCUCCUCAGAGACCAGCUGCCUGAGGAGAGUCCCUUUCUCUCAGCUCCAGAGUCAUCAGAGGGUGAAUCUUCUUCCUCAGAUGAUUAAGGCUUUUUCUGAUGCUGGUGGUGGGCUGUGUCACAUGUUUACUCACCGAGCACUCACCGGUUCUAAAAUUCCCAUGAGGCUCUACUCUUGUGCUUUUAGCCAGGACCAAGGGUCUACUGGAGCCACCAGUUUGACCAAACCCAUAGCAUCACCUCAGGCUGUGGUUAACAUUUACAUUCUAGUCACCUCAUUCGAUCCAUUGAUUGUCUUUAUGCAUGACAUCAUUGUAUUGUCAGCCAAUGGAGAGAGGGGUCAGCCAAAUCGGUUAAAAAACCUUAGGCCUGAGGUUUUGAGCUAUCCAGCUUCUUAUCAAGACAUGAUUGGGCACAUGAAGAGAAUUAUUGGAGAUGUGUUGCAGGCAGCAGCAUCUACCUAUGAGAAAGACCAAACAAUAAAAAGGUGCCUCCUGUGUUACCAACUGCUCACGUUUACUCUGCUUUUUAAUACUUCUCUUACGCCCAUCAUCAUCCAGGUUGACACUGACUGGACAUUUUCAGCUCUUAAUGACAAAACCUUUGAUCAGAAGAUCACCAAAGACCUGAUGCUAGAGGACAUGCUUCACUUUCUGUUAAAAUCACCAACUCUAUUAUCUUCUGUGACCAAUGCUGUGAAAAAAGAGGGUGAUAGUUAUACAAGAACCCUUGGUGUGGGUCUCUCUGAAGACCAUCAACUACUUCUACUGCAGUUCUAUCAGCAAAUGAAAUUACCUGGACCUUUUCAGCUGCUAUAUCCCAACACCACUCUGUGUCCCUCUUCUGUCCAUCCUCAUACUGUUGAUGACUUCUUUGUCAAAACUGCCUGUUACUAUAACCGCAGCCUCAGAACUGUCAAGGAACUAUCUUUAGCCAGCACUGGGCACUCACAUCACUUUUUAAGCAAAGAAAAUGCCAUGUGUGUAGACCCGCAGCUCAGACAGCUCUACACCGAUCCUCCUCUCUCUAUGACCCCUCCGUUUGACCCCCGAGUGAAGGAGUACCGCGUUGAAGUGCCCUUUGACACUGUAAUGGUCCGGAUUCGUCCCGAGCCCCUUAGCUUAAACUGCCGUGUUCACCUUGACGAGCACCAUGGACCUAGCAUGGCAAACCUCCCCAUCGGCCUUGGUCAAAGUAGAAUCAGUAUCCUGGUGACGGAUGGAGGGGAAUCUGAGGUUGUCAUGGCGAUCUACACCCUGCACGUGUUCAGAGAGAGUCGCCCGAGUCUGCCGAUGUUUGGAGAUCAUGUCAUGUGCAGCUUCACACAGGAGUGCAGCCUGCUGGUUCAGCCCGAUCGGCCCUGUGGUUUGGAGCCUUUUAACAAGUCUCAGAGCCCUCCCCAGCCCUGCAGCUCUGGGGACAAACCAGGGCGAUGGGUGGUGCCUUGUCUCAGCUGCUUGGACAACAGGACUUGUGAUUGGAGGGAGAUUGUCUGGCAGCCUGAUAACUGUUAUUACCCAUUAAUAAACCGUCUUCAGCUGCAGAACUGUAUGGCUGACAGAAAGUUGCUGUUCAUUGGGGAUUCUACAAAUCGAGGGAUGAUGUAUUUCUUGAUGGAGCGUGUGAACACCAGUCUGGAGAAUUGGGAAAAAGCCCAUGACACAUUGAUCUAUAGUAACUUAAAUGGAGGUCAGACGCUUAUCAGCUACUCAUAUUAUCCUCAAUUCUGGUUGGAGGCAAAUCAAAGACCCACAUUCACAGACUCGCUGGAGAAGCUGUUGGACAGGUCCAGACCGCUGUUGAACUCCAGACAGACAGUUCUGGUUGUGGGCGGAGUCCAGUGGUUGAACUCCAAUCAUUUGAGAGCGAUUAGAGAAGCUCUUAACAGAAAGGGCCUAAGCAACAUCCUGGUGGUUGUCAAGUCUUUGGGGAUGGGAUUCCACCUUCUUGUUGAUGGGGUCAGAUCACUGAAACUGAGAGAGAUCCAAGACCUCUCCAUAGAAAACCAGAACCUCAUUAGUACAGCUAAGAAGUAUGGUUUUGAAGUAAUUGAUACAUUUAGCAUCACAAUGGGACGAUACAAAGAGUUUCUACAGGGAAGAUGUGCCUGUCAUUUUCAUGAGGUGGAGAAAUGUGUGCCCUCAAAGACCUCAUUUGACUCAAAAACAAAUGCCAGUGGGACCAGAUCUGCCAGAGCUGGCCCAAAUACAGCUGUGACUUGGGGCCAUGGCUCAAAAUCUUUGUCCUACAAAGUGAAAGGACCAGUGAACCAGGUGUACUCUGAGAUCCUGCUGAGUCGCCUCUGCCCUGACACAAACACCUGAUCAACAUUUUUAUAAAGCGCUUUUCCAACUUCAAGCCAUGCAAAGCGCUUUACAUCAAGGAAUCACUCACCCUUUCACACACACAUUCAUACACCAGUGUACACAGACACUGUCGAGAGCGGGAUUCAAAUGCCAACCUUUGGAUCAGUGGAUCUGACACUCCACCAACUGAGCUGCUGAGAACUGAAAUGGCCUACUUUCCUAAUUUCACACUCAAACUGACACUGUGAAACAUAAAUAUUUCCCAAUAAAAAAUGCAUGUAUUAUUUUUUCUUGGUCAUUGACCAAAUUCUUCAAUAACCUCCUGUUACCUUUCCCAACACAGUUAACACAAUAGUAAGAUUUGUUACAGUGCACUAUGCUUCACAUUCUUGUAUUUUGUACUAUGUACUUUUUCGAAUUAAAGUAAAAUGAAGUAUGUUAGCUACUUUGCACAUAUGUGUGACUAUAGCACAUCAGCUGCACAUUGACCCUUAAUGUUUAUGCUCACUGUAAAAUAUCUGUUUUCAUUCAUCCAGAUGCUGCAUUUUAGUGUUUCUCUGUGUCAGUGCGAUCCUUUAUUUGGAGCUUUGUACCUUAGUUAUUGUGUGCAUUUGUUGCUUGGUGUGUCUCUGGUUAGCCUUAAGUUUACUUUGUUGGCAAACAUGUUUAUAAGAUUAUGUGAGUGUGAAUGGAUGCAUUCGUAUUCCUCUUUGUCUUUGUAUUCCUCUUUGUUGCAGCAGUCUAUUGUGUUUUCAGUGUAUGUUUGCCACCUCAUGAUGGACCAAAAAGUGUUUUUUGUUUUUAUUUUUUAAACAUAUGUUGCUCAUUGUUUAGCCUGAAAUUAAAUUUACUGCCAAAUUAUAUUUACCUCAUAAUUUCUGUAUAAUAAGGCUACCAUGCAAUUGUAAUAUGUUACUGUAAAAUGUCUUACAUCUAUAUAUUUUGGCUUUGCUUCUAUUUAAAUACUGCACAAAUUGAAUAAUUUUAUUGAAUGUAUCAUAUGAAGGUGUAGUAAAAAUAAAGCUUCAGUAUUCCAGAUGCAU